UAAUGGGAACACACACAGUACUGUGGACAGUAAUGGGAACACCCAGAGUACUGGGAACAGUAAUGGGAACACCCAGAGUACUGUGGACAGUAAUGGGAACACCCAGAGUACUGUGGACAGUAAUGGGAACACCCAGAGUACUGGGAACAGUAAUGGGAACACCCAGAGUACUGUGGACAGUAAUGGGAACACACACAGUACUGUGGGCAGUAAUGGGAACACCCAGAGUACUGUGGGCAGUAAUGGGAACACCCACAGUACUGUGGACAGUAAUGGGGACACCCACAGUACUGUGGGCAGUAAUGGGAACACCCACAGUACUGUGGACAGUAAUGGGAACACCCAGAGUACUGUGGGCAGUAAUGGGAACACCCACAGUACUGUGGACAGUAAUGGGAACACCCAGAGUACUGUGGGCAGUAAUGGGAACACCCACAGUACUGUGGACAGUAAUGGGGACACCCAGAGUACUGUGGGCAGUAAUGGGAACACCCAGAGUACUGUGGGCAGUAAUGGGAACACCCACAGUACUGUGGACAGUAAUGGGGACACCCAGAGUACUGUGGACAGUAAUGGGAACACCCAGAGUACUGUGGGCAGUAAUGGGAACACCCAGAGUUCUGUGGACAGUAAUGGGAACACCCACAGUACUGUGAACAGUAAUGGGGACACCCAGAGUACUGUGGACAGUAAUGGGAACACCCAGAGUACUGUGGACAGUAAUGGGAACACCCAGAGUUCUGUGGACAGUAAUGGGAACACCCACAGUACUGUGGACAGUAAUGGGGACACCCAGAGUACUGUGGGCAGUAAUGGGAACACCCAGAGUACUGUGGGCAGUAAUGGGAACACCCACAGUACUGUGGACAGUAAUGGGAACACCCACAGUACUGUGGACAGUAAUGGGAACACCCAGAGUACUGUGGACAGUAAUGGGAACACCCAGAGUACUGUGGACAGUAAUGGGAACACCCACAGUACUGUGGACAGUAAUGGGAACACCCACAGUACUGUGAACAGUAACAUUCUAUUUGUAUGA